AAAUCACGAUGCACGAAUAAACAAUAACAAGCAGACGACGAACGGCCUCGUGCAGUGUUCGACGAAAAUGAUUUUGAAAGACAUUUUAACUCAGCCUCCCGUUUCUACUCUAAUUCAAGAUUCGUGUUCACUUAAAGGACGACCUUUGUUCUUAAGUUUAAUUCGUCACUAUUCCGAGAAUGGCUAUUCCAUUCGUUACUUCAAAUACGAUUCACCUCUAUCUUCUGAAAUUACCGAAAUGGAACAAUUAAAAAUUUCGUGGAAAACAUCCAUUGUGGAUGGGAAUCAAGAUUUAAUGUCAGUCGAAAAUUCUUGGACAUCAGAAGCGAGAAAUGACCAGGUUUUGGUUGCGAUAGACUCGCUGUCACCCCUGCUUCUGAAUUGGACUGUUGGGGCAAUUGCGUCAGCCUUGAGGAAUUUACAAAAGACAACAACAGUAUCUGUGAUUGCCCUAGUUCAUGGUGAUGUCCAUGAUAAGCACACUCUGCAAGCACUGAAUUACAUAUUCCCUUGUCACCUGGCUGUUCGCAGAGCACAGGGACGCAACCUCUGCAGUGGCACAUGGAGGAAAGCCAGUGGAAAAAUUACUGAUAGUGUAAAGAGUACUUGUUUCUCGUGUAGCAAAAAUUUAAAUUUGAAUUAUUUUUUUUUUGCACAGGAUGAAUAUUACAGCAUCACAGAUAAAUGGGAGUUGAAAGAUGUCAAAGAGUUUAUUGAAACUCAACCUGCAGUUAUGCCAGACUCUUUACCAAAAAGUGCAGUACCAAAGUCAACUUUCAAAUUAGAUUUGAAUGCCAGAGAAGAACAGGCUAGGAGUCAGGUCGUUUUACCUUACAUCAAAAAGCACAACGAGUCAUCAAGCGAACCGUCCAGGGGUAAAAUCAUUUACGAAGUGGAAGCACCCGAUUGGGACGACGAAGACCCUGACGACGAUCUCGAAAUCUAAACAAUUCACUUGGUAUUAAAUUUCAAUAAAAAAAGUUCAACUUGAA